GAGCUAAUUUUCGUAAUGACUGAGACGCUACAUAAAGUUUAUGAAGGUAUAGUAAUUUAUUAUGUAUUAAUUAAAUAAAAAUAAAAUAUAAAUUUUCCGUGAUAUAAGUUUGAAGAAAAAAUCCUAAUUUUUAACUAAACUGUUGAUCGAAUAUGAUACUUUUCGUAACUUAAUUCACUUUUAUUAAAUACAAUUCCUAUGGUAUUACCUACUAUAUUCUUGAUCUCAUCAAUUUGAAUUACGCAAGGGCUCCGUAAGAUAAGUAACUUUUACGUAAUAUUUUAAUAAAAUAUGAGACGUAUCCGUAACUUGAUUUUAUUAUUAGACCACCCAUUAUGAAAAUUCUGUAUAACACCAUUCUACAACAAUUACGUAAAUUAGUUACGUAAAACUUAUAACAUGAUAGUUAUUUCUUAUGUAUCAAUUAAGCAAAUGUAUUAUGUAAGUCUUUCGCAAUAAUUAAGAUACUACGCAAAGUUUAUGCAAGUAUCUUACCCAAAAAAUAUUGUGAAUAAUUUGAUUUCAACCAAAUCAUUAAAUGAGUGAAUGAAAUUCAUUAUUUUUUUCUUCGCAUAGAAAUUCAAUUAUUAUUUUUAUUAGUUUAUUACCGAUGCGAAGCGCGGGUCAAAAAAUUAGUUAUUAUUAAUAAACAUAAUUUUCAUUAACCUACAACUGAUUUGUUGUUCGAUUUAGAACAUUGUGUAAUAGUAAAAUGUCAUUCCUAUCUCUAAUUAUUUUCAAAUGCUAACAGUUAAUAAACUAAUUUCAAGCUACCAUUAAUUUGUAUUGAUUUUAUGGUUGUACGGCAAGUGUUAAAAGAGUCUUUCAGCUUUGGGUUACAUAAAAAAUGAGUUACAAAUCGAAUAUGCGAUCAGUUCGUGAAUGAUUGUUUAGUAGGGUAUAUAGAGACAAAUUUUUUUAACACUGUAGACACCAAGUGUAUUCUACAAUUAUUUCUGAAUAUGAAAACACAUCAUGAACUUUUUGUAACCUGUACGAGUAAGGUAUUUUGUUAUUUACGAUUUUUUUUUUUAAAGAGGACACCCCUAUGUAAAAUUUCUAGGUCUGCCACUACUCGUAGGCUUACCACAAAAGUUCUUGUUUUCUCACAAACUUAAAGGGGGCAAAUGAAUUUGAUUCAAAUGGAUCGGUGAAUUCUUAGAUUGGAUUAAAAUGGAUUGGUGAAUUGGAUUGAUGAAUCUAAGUUGCAUCUAAAUAUUGGAGCGAUAUGAACAAUUUGAAAAGUUUAGGUACUAAAAUGCCAUAAUAACAAAUUCCAAGUACCAAAAUGCAAUUACCAACAAUAUAUAGGUACUAACUUGCAAUUUGCUAAUAAAUCUAUGCAUCCACCAAGCUAAUUGAAUUUCGAUUAAAUGGAUUGGAUAAUGAAUUUAAAUAAAUUGGAUUAAUUGAUAUUUUGAUAGAUGAAUUGGAUACAUAAUUAUCAUUUCUGACACAAACUACAUUGUAGACAGCUUGGGCUGUAGACCGAAUUACAUGAUUAAUUAAAAAAAAACAACAAUUCCAAUAAACCAACAACUAAUAAUUAGGAUAGAGUUCGCGUUGUUGCUAGUUGCUACUAAACACUCCUUCUCAAGUUGAGCCAAAGAUACCAUGAAGGCGAGGUUUGCAAAAGAUGGGUGAACUAUUAUGCUUCCAUCCCCCUUUAUGCAAAACAACGAUCAACUGGAAAUUAGUCGAGAUCUUUUUGAGACACCAUCUUUGAUGACACCGCAUAUUCUCGAAUAAAAUAGCAAUCGAUCUUCAUAUGCUUAAUAUGUUCACUAAUGGAAGACGUGAUUAGUAGCAAUAUGCAAUGCUGUUGGAUCAUCGCAAUGUAUUGGAGUUGGCUCUUGCGUGGAUAUCCCAUGUUCUUGCGUAAGCCAUCUCAACCACACUACUUCAUUGCAAAUACUACAUGUCAUUUUCUCCCUUAAACCAUUUUUUGACAAAUAAAAAAAAAUUUGACAAAUAAUUUUCUCCCUUAACCACCAUCACAUCAUUUGGGUCAUUGUGAUAUCACAUUUGCCUCGUGCCUUUCAACCCUUGUGUCUUGUCAUUUUAGAUCUAAUUCGGUUAUUUCGACGAUGUGAUGCUUCAUAUUCUUUUUUGUUUUUUGUUUCAGGAUCUCGAGAAUAUGGAAAAUAAUUUUGAAAGAAAGACAUACGAGAAACAUAUUUCAUGUGAUCAUUUAUAAGCAACUCAUCAUUCAGUUCUUUAUUUGAAAAUACCAUAAACAAACAUUUGAAUUCACGAUUCCACAAUUAAGGGUAUACAAUGAUUUGGUGCAUACUGGAUCAAAUAGACAUUAAAACCGACCCAAAUCAGAUCAAAUGUAAAACAGUUAAGUUCUUGGCCCCCACAAAAUUUAUGAAAUGAAAGAAAAAGAGACCGGAUCGAUAUUUGAACCAGACUGCGUCAUAUUGCACACCCCCUAUCAACAAUUAAUCUCCCACUUCCACUAACUUAAUUGCAGUUGACUUAUUUUCAAAGAAGAACAAACAAAUAUCACCAAUAUGAGUGAAGUUGUCCCAUAUUAAGUCGAUAUCACGAAAACAAGGAAAAGAACAAGAUGGAUGGUUGCAAAUACAAAGGGACGAACUUUGGACAGCUUUCUUUCUUGGUCGGAAAAUGGAGAUUGAGAGAGUUUACAAUAUGGUUAUAUGCCAUUUGCCUUCAGAGGGGGAAAAAACAGGAUUGUUGAGGAUAUUACAUAGUUCCAAAUCUUGGUUAAUUAUUUACUACUAGCUAAUGGUUGUACUUAAUAACGGAUUAUAUGUAUAGAACAGGUCAACAAACGUUGUUAGCACCACCCGGUUCCAAAAUCCGGCGGGAAGGACCAACGAGAACGGGACAAAACCAGGAUAUUUAGGAAAUUGUGAGCUUGGUUGUUGUUUCCUGGUGGAUUCGCCCUCCUUGCAAUUAAAUCUUAUAUAAGUGAGGAUGGUAAAGAAAAUUAUAAUGUGAACUGUGUGUCGAAUCCGAUCUAAUCGAGUAGGAUGAAAUUUGAACUCAAAUGAUUUUUAUUGGGUUUGGGUAAAAUUCAAAUUUGAAUAUGGCGGGUGAUAGCUGAGAAUGAUUUUCUUACUAUUCAACUCGAACCCGCUUGAUUAUACACAUUGGUAAAACCACCUUGUAAGUUGUGAGGUCCACAUACCCCACUUGAAAAUAAAAUUUGAAUUUUUUUAUGAGCAAAAGGUUAGAUAGUUUUUUUUUUUGGGCUAAUACCACUGGGAAACCCGAACUAUUAACUUUGUGUCAUUUGUGUCCUAAAGUAUUCGAUAUGACAUUUGUGUCACAAACUAUUUUUCCGUUAGAGUUGACUGGCGUUGACCGUUAGUUCUUAACAGAAAGUCCAGUCAGCGUUGACGUGGCAUCUGACAUGGAAUUUUAAUAUUAAUUUUUAGUUACUUUUGCACCUAAUAAAAAUUUUAAAUAAGAAAAAUUAUACGGGACAGAAUCGCAUUUGAGAACCCCUCUCUGCCAAAUAUGCGGGGACAGAAUCGCCUCUUUCUGUCGGGAUAAUGUUAACCUCGUCGCGUGCGAAGAAUGUGACGAGCGGGAGAGUAGGGAAGAGGAAGAGGAAGGAAUCGGGGAUGUUCCGUCGCGAAUUCCGGUCGAAGGGUUCGUGGGUUGUCCUCCUUCGCCUCCGCUGCACUUCGCCACCUCCGCCGCUCGACCACUCCGGCAGCCUCCACCUCCGUCGUCUGGGUAAUAUACAGCCAAAUCCAGCAGCCAUCGUCAAAACCAUACCCUGCGAAAUGGGAGAAGCAGGUGGUGGUGCUCGCCAUAGUAGAAGAAGCAGAGAAGAGGGUAAACUACAGAUUGGUGGCAGACCUCGCUGCAGAGAGCUUUAAAAGCCUUAUGCUGAUUAAUCGGGAGACACCCAUCAAAUUUUGCAAGCAGCCCACUCGCAAACGAACGAUUCUUUAUUCCAAAUUUGAGUUGGUUCCCGGAUUCAACCUUUCGAUUGGUAAAAUUGCAGAACAAGAGUCUAUUACUGAAGUAACGGCGGACCUGUAACGGAGAGGAAAUUUUUUUACGCAGAGAAGAAAUCGGAGAGGAAAUGCCGCCGCCGCUCCCUUCUUCCUCGGCGGAAUGUGAUUAGAAGAAGAGGAAAGCUUAUGAGGGUUUCUUUUUGGCUAAAUACACUUGUAUAGCCAAAACUUUGACGAUUUUGCCAAAUAUAGCCACUUUUGACGAAAUACCAGAAAUAGCCAGAAAUUUAAAAGUUCGAUGACAAUUAUAGCCAUUUCCGUUACAUAGUUUGACGGCGUCAGUGACACCGUUAAUCUAAUUAACGGAACAAUGAUCU